UGCCUCAACUUUCCGUACGCAAUUUAUUUACGUCGCUGGCGAGAGAGUAAAUAAACAAGCGACGAUCGAUGGUGCGAGGUUACGCGAAGUGCUGUGCCGUGCGCUUUCAAUUGAAUUAAAUUCAUUUUUACUGCUACGGUGAUACGCGGGGCGGAUUUAGCUUUGCGAUCGUUUCGCAUCUAGCGGAAGCGGUUCUAGCGGUUCUGGCGAAAAGAGAAGGAAAAGGUGAGUGUGUAAUCUUGGUCCCUGCGAGCAAACUUAUCGACCGAUGGCGCUUCGAUCAGCUGAUAAGUGAUAACUCCAACCGUCGUGGUGGUUCGGGGAAGUUGCCGAGCCGAAGACGGUUGCGUAUUGGAGAGUUGAUGCUGCGAACAGCAUUCUUACCGUGACCCGAUGGAACUCGGACAAUUCUGGAAAAGAUCCCGAACGACGACGGCGACAACGGCGACGAAAAAAGCAGCUGGAGCAGCGACACCGUAUCACGGCACCAAACCAGGCGUGUCCAGUGCGAGUGGGCGAGGCAACACGCGGAAAGAUAAGCCGCGAGUGUAAGAUAAACCUCAGCCCACCUCACAAGCGAUUCCGAAAUUUCUGACCGUGCAGUGUUAGUACGAGUGUGUCCCGGAUGACGACCGCGGCGACGACGGCGACCGCGACGGUUACGAUGGCAAACGGUACGAUGCCAGACGGUGACGCGGCGAUGGCAGCGAACGGUGCCAUUAGCAAGAUUUGUAGCGUUUGCGGGGACAAGGCGCUCGGUUACAACUUCAACGCGGUCACUUGCGAAAGCUGCAAGGCAUUCUUCCGACGCAAUGCCCUUUCCACGAAGGGGUUUACGUGUCCGUUCAACGAAAACUGCGACAUCACCAUCGUAACGCGCCGCUUCUGCCAAAAGUGUCGACUGGAGAAGUGUUUCCGAAUCGGCAUGAAGAAGGAGUACAUCAUGUCGGAGGAGGAUAAGGUGCUGAAGCGCAAAAAGAUCGAACAGAACCGGGCUAAAAAGAGACAAAGCAACGGGAGUGCAUCCGAGGGAUCUGCCUCCGUGGGUGACCGGGAAAGCACACCAGCCAGAACCAGUGUCCCUACAAAGAUAAAGCGAGAGAAAUCGUUGGAAACGUUCGACGGUGGAGACUGCUGGAACAACUCCUGCUCCUCCGAGUACACCCCGGCUGAUGGACAUCAGACGAAUGGGCCGGGCAGCUCGUCGACGAUGCUUACAUCGAGCACGAUAUUAGAGGCACCCUCCAACUCCUCCAACCAAUCGAUGCUAUCCACUGGCACAUCGAAUGACUACAGUCGGAUCGCCUCGCCCUCCGAACUAAGCAGUACGCCCAGCUCAUCGGCGUAUAAUCCGCACGGUUCUCUUUCCUCAGAAGCUGAACUGCUUUCGUCGGCAGUCGCCUGUCUGCAGUCAUCGGCUGGUGCAUCGAAACCAAACGAAAUGCAGCCAUCCCAAUCGAACAGCCAGACGGCAGGAGGCGAAGAGCGUCUGCCGCUCGUUACGAUCAAUUCCAGCGCCGAAGACAUCGUGAAUCGCAUCGUCAACUAUCCGACGCGAGCAAGUCAAACGAUUGCAUCGCUAAUGAAGACCCCCAAGGAUGCGGUGUUCAUAAUGUCCAAAAUAAUCAACUCCCAGUGUGAUGCGCUGAAGCUGAUAAGCCAUUUCAUAACUGCACCUGGUGAUGCGUUGCAGAUUAUUAGCAAAAUUAUGAACUCUCCGCUGGACGCGCUGACGGUUUUUGCCCAGUUUAUGAGCUCCCCGACGGAUGCGCUGCAGCUGAUCGGAAAGAUCGUCAGUUCUCCGGCCGAUGUGCUGCAGUUUAUGCAGCAGCUAAUGAACCAGCCGGAAGAUGCACUGCAGGUGAUGAAUAAAUUCAUGAGCUCGCCAGCCGAAGCACUGCAAAUGAUAAACAAGAUGAUGAAUCAUUCCGACAUCGUGAAAACGAUCAAAGAAGCGGCCGAUACAUCCCAGAAAGAUGACGAUGAUCAGCAGCAUCAGCAGCAGCAUCAACAGCAACAACAACAGCCAUCACCAACACAGCAACAGCAGCUGCAGCAGCAACAACUAUCGGCAUUGCAGCCGCAUCAAGCUACGCAACCCCAAACAUCACAGCAAUUUCACCAAACGACUACACCCAUUGAAUCGCCCCAGGUUGAUUCUCCGGCAACCGAUCAACAUCAAAUGAUUCGCUCCCUGAUGCAAGAGUCAACGAUCGGGCCGGAACCGAUGGGAACGAUCAGUGCCGCUGGUUCACCUUCUUCCACGUCCAACUACGAGCCGCCCUACACGUCGAUGCUCGAUCCGCUGCUUUCAAGCACGACGACCUCUCUAGUACAUUCCCACACUUACCAUCACAACCAUCAGCUGCACCAAAUGAGCACCGCCAUACAGCCAGCGUCGCCCAGCUGCUCCAGCGACAUAGCGGAUGUGGUAUUUGCGGCAUCGUCCACCUUCGGUCACGAUCCACCGAUAAUCGUGCCGCCCACAGACGAUUUGGGCAUAUUUCAGGACAUUGAAGCAAAACCGAUCAUGCCCCAUACCCUCGAAUCGGUCCUGAUGCAAGCGAUCAAGUUGGAGUAUGAAGGAUACAACAGUAGCCCGAUCGGUUCGAGCUCAAGUCAGCAGUCCACCGUACAUCACCCGCCGGUCGGUAGUAAUAGUAUCGAGCUAAACGACGCUGAAAGGGCCAAACUGAACGAGCUGAUUGUGGCCAAUAAAGCGCUGUACGCACCGGUAGAUGACGAUCUGGCAUCGCUCAUCUCGGACGACUGUCGGAUAAAGUCCAAUCAAACGCAGCAAGAUCCACAACUGCUAAAAGUGAUAAACUUAACCGCCAUUGCCAUUCGACGACUGAUUAAGAUGUCUAAAAAGAUCAGCGCAUUCAAGAACAUGUGCCAGGAGGAUCAGUUAGCGCUGCUGAAGGGAGGCUGCACCGAGAUGAUGAUUCUGCGUUCCGCAAUGCAGUACGAUUGUGAUAGGGCUACAUGGAAGAUACCUCACAGCCAGGAGGAAAUGUCCAACAUACGGGCGGAUGUGCUCAAGCUUGCCAAAGGUAAUGUGUACCAGGAGCAUGAACGUUUCAUACGCACGUUCGACAAGAAGUGGCGCUCGGACGAGAACAUUAUUUUAAUAAUGUGUGCCAUAACGCUGUUCUCGCCGGAUCGCCCCAAAACGAUACAUUCGGACGUGAUCAAACUAGAACAGAAUUCUUACUACUAUUUGCUACGCCGAUACUUGGAAAGUAUCUAUCCUGGUUGUGAGGCACGCUCGGUAUUUCUGAAGCUGAUGCAGAAAAUAUCGGAACUGCAUUUUUUGAAUGAUGAAAUUAUCAGCGUUUACUUGAAUGUGAAUCCAUCGGAGGUGGAACCAUUGCUGCGAGAAAUAUUUGACCUAAAGGUGCACUAAAUCGAAAGUCCACUGUUGGAAGCAUGUUUUUUUUUGUUAAGAUGAAUAGUUUUGUACACGUCUCUAUCGUACAAUUAAUGUGACCAAUACUAAAUUUAUCACUCCCGUAA